AUGAGCACACGCAAGUCUGAGUCGGACCACGCGUCGGGGUUGUCCGACGACGAGGUGUCGGUAGCCUCGGCGAGUCCGUCGAGGCCCUCCGAGACGUCAGGCUCCACGUCGCCAGCGAAGCGUUCUGGUCGCGCUGCCCCACCCCCGCCCAAGCUCAUUUUGGACCUGCCGAAGGCUGAAGAGCAAGCUCUCGCGACAUUUGCAGAGAUCCCUGACUGUGAAUACCAAACCUCGCGGAUUGGGCGUACACGUGGCCAAGACGACCCGUCGUGUGAGUGCUCGUUGGACCAUGGCGCCGCCUUUGCCUGCACAGAUGAAUCUGGGUGCAUCAAUCGUUUGACGCAAGUUGAGUGCUUGCCAGAUGCAUGUCGCUGUGGCAAGGAGUGCGCCAACCAGCGAUUCCAGCAGCAUGCGUACGCCAAAGUGGACAUUGUCCAAACCGAGAAAAAGGGGUUUGGGUUGCGUGCAAUGGCACCUCUGGCACGAGACGAUUUUGUGUACGAGUAUAUUGGUGAAGUGAUUCAUCACGAUACCUUUAUGCGGCGCAUGGUGCAGUACAAGGAGGAGCAUAUUGAGCAUUUCUACUUCAUGAUGCUACAGCGUGACGAGUACAUUGACGCGACGAAGCGCGGCUCUCGCUCGCGUUUCAUCAACCACAGCUGCAAUCCCAACUGCUACGUGAGCAAAUGGCAUGUAGGACGGCAUGUGCGUAUGGGCAUCUUUGCGAAGCGGCCGAUCCUCGCGGGCGAGGAACUUACGUUUAAUUACAACGUCGAUCGGUAUGGCAACGAUCCUCAGCCUUGCUACUGUGGCGAGCCCAACUGUGUCGGUACGCUGGGUGGACGUACACAGACAGAUAUCGUUACGAUGGACGAUCGGUUCAUUGCAGCACUCGGCAUUGCUGAUCAAGUGGCUGCCCUUCGUGCAUCGUUGCCGCGUGGCAAGCGCUCUAAGAUUCUAGACGAGGACUUUCAUCCUGUGCUGCACGCGUUGGACGUGGACGAUUGUGCGCGUGUUAUGACGGCCAUUCGCGAUGCGACGACGAAUCGCAAGAUGGUCAACAUGCUUCUUACGCGUGUGCAGCUCACCGAAGACGUGCAUGUGCAAAAGAUCCUCGUCAAGAUGCAUGGCUUCGUUGUCAUGGCAGGCAUUUUGGAUGAAUGGGCUGAUGACCAGGAGCUGGUCUCACUGUGCUUGCAGUGCUUGGAGAAAUGGCCUCUUCUUGCGCGCGAUAAAGUGAUGGAUGCAGGAGUGUGGGAGCAAGUGCGUAAAGUAGCGGAGCAGGAUGGUGCGAACCAGUCGCAUGCGCACCGCCUGAUGACUCAGUGGGAUGCGCUGCCGGCAACCUUCCGCAUUGCUCGGCGAGAUGGUGUGGAGACAAAUGCAGACGAUUCCACGACGUUGGCGAUGCUGCGUCGGGCUGUGGCUGCGACGGCUCUCCAGGCGGGUGAGACGCCUUCUGCGGAGGACACAGAGUCGUUGCGUCGUGCACUGCUGGCGUACCGAGCGCAAGAAGACACUGCGUCGUCUCAGCCGACAAUGCGACGUACUGAAUCGAAAAAGAGCGAGGCCAAGGAGGUGCCGAAACCCAAGCCAACGCAGUCCAUUGAAGACAUCAUUCGGCGUGCCAACGAGGAAAACGAGGCGCGGCAAAGAGCGUUGGAAGAGGCUGCCGCCGCUGCCGCUGCCGCUAGUGCAGCAGCAGACGCACGCACGUCGUCGGCUCGUCCCUCGAAAAAGCACAAGACGUCGUCGGCCUCGCACGAUCGGCCUGAGAAACGUGCCAAGUCGGACGAGGUCGAUAUGGCCGCGCUGGAGCACCGCCUGGCCAAGCUGGUCGGCGCCUUGGUCGUCAAGCAAAUGUCCAAAGUGAAGGACCAGCUGGACCGUGAUCGGUUCAAGCGCUACGCGAAAGAUUUGACGCAGGUGCUCUGUGAUAAAGAAAAGCGGCAUCCCAAAACGUGGCCGCCGCGCUUGCCGGACGGGCAAAUUGGGCUCGAAGAGCUAAGUGAAGAAAAACGCAAGAAGAUGAAGCUAUUUGCGCAUGAGUACAUUAAAAAGCUACUGCGACAUCGGAGUACUGAAUACUAG